GGUUUCAGAUAGGUGACUGUUUGAGGGGGUCCGGAUCUCUUCUCCUUCAAGCUUGUUUGCUAAACCUGUCGAGGGGCGAAGGAAGAGGAGGGAAUGGGUCAAUGAUAGGACUGGACUGGGUUGGCCUCCUUCAUAGUGAUCACCUGAUCAGUUUUGCAUGAGCAGAUCCUGGUUCACCUUCAACACUAUUAAGAGAAAAGCUUGCUGAUGACAGUGGGAUUGGACUCAGCCCUCCCUCCCCUGCCACUGCAGCGGUCUCCUCUGUUCACACCAGGACCUAACUAACCUGCCUAACCUGCCUGCCCUCUUUUUUCAUUACAUGGUGUGAAUGUAUCCACUUUUUAUUUGCAAGUAAUUAAUAGAUAAUUGGUUUUGUCGUCUUUUUAGAGACUGUUGGUUUGAAUACAGGGACUGGGGUAGAACCAGUACAUCCCUAACCCAAGAUGAGUGCGACAAAGGAAGAUGUUGAGAAGUUCCUGGAUGGAAACCCAGCUUUCGCCCAGGGCUACUUCAACAAGAAGCUCACACCAGGGGCCCUCUCUGUGAUGGCGGGGAUCCCGGAGUCCAAGGUAGAUUUUGGGAUGUUACAGGAGCUGAGCCAGAUAGAGGAAGGCCAGAUCCUGUUCGACCUGAUUAAAGAAAUGCAGGAGAAUGUGAACAUGGAGAAAGUGGUGUUCAAGAUCCUGAAGAGGAUCGUGGCCCUGAUCCAAGCCGACCGCUGCAGCCUGUUCAUGUACCGGGAGAGGAACGGCAUCGCAGAGCUAGCCACGCGUCUUUUCAACAUCACCACCGAGUCUGAGCUGGACGACUGUGUGGUUCACCCUGACCACGAGAUAGUCUUCCCCCUGGACCUUGGGGUGGUGGGAAAUGUGGCCCAGACCAAGAAACACAUAAAUUUGAAAGAUGCCAAUGAGGUAAGAGUCAGAUGGGGAAUAUGAAACAUAAACGUAUGUUGUGGUAGUGAUUGGGACAGACAGACAGUGUCCCAGAGGCUAGGAGCCAGUGGUAGUGAUUGGGACAGACAGACAGUGUCCCAGAGGCUAGGAGCCAGUGGUAGUGAUGGGGACAGACAUACAGACAGUGUCCCAGAAUUUAGGACAUAAACAUUGUGGUAGUGAUGAGGACAGACAGACAGUGUCCCAGAGGCUGGGACCCAGUGGCUUCAGUGAAAUUGUGUCAAUAAUCUUUUACAAGGGCCUUGUCACACAAUCCCACAUGAUAAUAUCUUCUAGCUGUACCAACUGCCACAAAUAACAAACAAAUACAAAAUAUAUAGAUGCAUCAAUUUCAUGUUCAGCCAGACAAAAAAGUGAAUAGUUAUUUAAUCCAACAAACAAAUACAAAAUAUAUAGAUGCAUCAAUUUCAUGUUCAGCCAGACAAAAAAGUGAAUAGUUAUUUAAUCCAUGACUAUUUUAAAAUACACAUAGUGUUCAAAUGUUAUUUUUAUUAAAACACAGUGUCACAUAAAGUAGUAUGGCAACUAUACUGUUCUGUGGGGAGCUUCUAAAUGAAUAUCUGGAGACAAUAUAAAUCCUCUCGACAGACAUAAUCCAGUUAUUAUAUAUCCCAUUACCCCCUGCUGUAUCUGGGAUUAUGGCACCUGUCCUGGGGCGUUUACACUGGGGUCAGCAGGAAGCUAACACGAAUCAAAUAAAUUUAUAUUUCACAUUGCCCAGAUUUACAUUCACUCUUGAUAUUGAAGUGUAUUUCUUAACUGAGUAGCUACAUAUAUCCCUUUUAUACAUUGUCUUUUAUCUUGAAUAUGCAAGAGGUUAACAUGUAUUAAUCUGUGGUCUAUAAUGAUAUGUAAACUGAAAAAGGCUCCACACCAAGCCUAUGUAUUGAUUUAUAGACCCGUCUUAACACAUCCAUGUGUGAUCUCUGAUGUCAGUAAUUUGCUUUGUUUUCUGCCAUACAGAGCAGUCACUUCAGCUCGUUCGUUGAUGACCUGACAGAGUACAAAACCAGGAACAUAUUAGCCUCGCCCAUCAUGAAUGGAGAGGAUGUGGUGGCUGUGAUCAUGGCCCUGAACAAGACCACUGGACCCCACUUCACCACUGAGGAUGAGGAUGUGAGUACUGAGGAUUAAGUGAGUCUGAGAAUAGGAUCCACACAUCUCCAUAUGUCAGCAGGGAAAUCCCACACAGUCACAAUGGAAAUACUAUGAUGAGUUCAUUACAUGACGUUAGAGUCUGAAUUAGUUGGGGAUGGGAGGCAGGUAGCCUAGCGGUUAAGAGUGUUGGGCCAGUAACCGCUGGUUCGAAUUCCCGAGCAAGGCCCUUAACCCUAAUUGCUCAUGUAAAUUGCUCUGGAUAAGAGCAUCUGCUAAAUGACCAAAUAAAUUGAAAACAAAAUGGUAAUCAAGAGGCUUUCCCCAAUCCCAAAGUUUGUUCACUGAAAGCACAUGCAGCAUACGAACACUGAAUGCUGUUGUAGAACACAAACAUGUCCAACAGAGAACACAUACAAACUGUGCUGCCUUUAUGAAGAGGAAGGUCACAUUCAUGACUGAUGUUUUCACAUACAUGCAUUUGUACUUCUCGCCUUCCCUCUACCACCAUAAUUACACAUCAAUGUACGUAUUUCUCUCUAAGACUAAUUCAUAUUUUUCUGUCUCCCAGCUCUUUCUGAAGUAUCUCAGAAUAGCCACUUUGAACCUGAAAAUUUACCAGUUGAACUACCUGUACAACUGUGAGACUCGAAAAGGACAGGUGAGUCUGCUGUCUGCGCUGAUAUUCAGAGGAAGGACUAGUUGUAAAUUACAAUAUGGUGCACACACAAAAAAGGCUCUUAUUUAGCUUUCACACAUUUAUGGAUAUAGCAACCAACUGGUUUUUAACUGAUCCUUUAUGGUUGUUGAUUUCUGUCGGGUAUAGGUCCUGUUGUGGUCCGCCAACAAGGUGUUUGAGGAGCUAACAGACAUUGAGAGACAGUUCCACAAAGCCCUGUAUACAGUGCGGGCGUACCUGAACUGUGACAGGUACUCUGUGGGCCUACUGGACAUGACAAAGGAGAAGGUGAUGUAGCCAGGUCAUUCUUCAAUUGCAGUGACAUUUGGGCAUGGCAUUUUGGAAUUUGUUUUGUUUAAAUCUUCCUAUUCCAAAUCAACUAACAUGGCAGUUUAAUUACUUUAAAUCAUUUUUAUCAUUAUGAUAACAUUGUGCCACCAGUAGGAGUAGUAACACCAUUGACGGUAACACCAUUGACGGUAACACCAAUGACACAUUUUAAGUAAUUGAAAAUGUUCUUAAAUGGAGGUCACAGAUGCUCAAAUCGAAGGUCAAUAACCCUUUAAAAAUAAUGUAUUAAAGUUAUAUAAUUAAUCAUUUUGCGCACAAUGUAAUUUCCCUGCAUUUAAAUUGAGUAACACCAAAUACACUUUUUAUUUAGACACACCAAAUUUUCAAUUGAAUCCUGAAGUUUAUGACAUACUAAAAGUGUGUGAUUAGCUAAUCAUUUUCUUUAAUAUAUACCCCUACCCCGAUAACAGUUUGCCACUGGUGCUCAAUGUAAUGAGUGAUUUUCAAGGCAGCAACACCAAUUAAAUAAAACUUAGGGACACAUAUUAUAAAAAUAGGUAUUUUAAUAGCCUUCUUCGUUUUUAUUGAUCUAUACAAUAUAUUAAAUACUUUUGAUUACUUUCUUGCAUUGAAAAUAAUAGAUAAAUAUCCCCAAAUCCCAAAACAUGUCACUACAACUCUACUCAUCACUACUGGGACAAGUCCAUUUGCUUAAGUACUUUAAUGCACAAACAUAACGUUUUGCAGUAUAAAGGAAUUGCAUUAUGUUUUAUCAUUGAUAAACAGUAAAAUAUAAACAAAAACAUGUAUGAUAUGUAACUAUUUGUCAAGUUAAAGUGUUUUUUCAUGGUUGCAAAGGUGAGGGACGUAAAUGCCACCACAAUUCAAGAAUGACCCACCCAUUUAGUUAUCAGAAAGAAGAGUUAUUAUGGGUCUCCUCUGGUAAUACUGUAGCCUACAUGACAUAGCUCAUAUGGCACUACACACUAUAUUAUUAAUAUGCUGUGUGUGGCAAUCCAUCUGUGUCAUUGCUUUGUUGCUAUAGGAGUUCUUUGACAUCUGGCCAGUGUUGAUGGGAGAUCAGCCCCCCUACGCUGGACCUGUUACUCCUGACGGCAGAGUAAGUGUUCAUAUCUAUCUACUUAUUACCACAUGAACUGGUCUUUACCUUUUUGCCUUUGUUUCUGCAAAUUCUAAUUUGUGGUUUUUUUGGGGUUAUUUGUGAUUCUAGGAAGUAAUAUUCUACAAAGUCAUUGAUUAUAUUUUGCAUGGAAAAGAGGAUAUCAAAGUUAUCGCGUAUGUUUCUCUCACCUUUCUCUGAACAUUUGUGUAUAGUUGAAGUAGUUACAACCCUGUAUAACACUGUAUAGAGGAAUAAUCAAUGUGUGUUGUCUGACUGUCUCCUGUCAACAGGACUCCCACUCCAGAACACUGGGUGUUGUGUACUGGAUUGCCCACAUAUGUGGCCGAAACUGGUCUUGUAAGUUCCCCCUUUUAACUAGCAUUCCAGCAGUGUUUGAAAUACUUUCAGAAUUUGGAAUUGACUUCAAAAUAAGAGAACGUUAAAAUUGCCACAAUUUGCAUGUGUUGUUGAUGCUGUACUGAUUAUUUUUAAUAUCUAGAUAUGUAACAUCAUGAAUCCCACAACAGAGGAGAUGUUCAAGUUUCAGGUACAUUUUGCUUCAUUAUAAAAUCAAGUAUCCUUAUAUGUCUGUAAUACAAACAUGUUUCAAGCAGACCACCAUAGUCCCUGUGCCCAAGAACACUAAGAUAACCUGCCUAAAUGACUACCGACCCGUAGCACUCACGUCUGUAGCCAUGAAGUGCUUUGAAAGGCUGGUCAUUGCUCACAUCAACACCAUUAUCCCAGAAACCCUAGACCCAUUCCAAUUUGCAUACCGCCCCAACAGAUCCACAGAUGAUGCAAUCUCUAUUGCACUCCACACUGCUCUUUCCCACCUGGACAAAAGGAACACCUCCGUGAGAAUGCUAUUCAUUGACUACAGCUCAGCUUUCAACACCAUAGUGCCCUCAAAGCUCAUCACUAAGCUAAGAAACCUGGGACUAAACACCUCCCUUUGCAACUGGAUCCUGGACUUCCUGACGGGCUGCCCCCAGGUGGUAAGGGUAGGUAACAACACAUCUGCCACACUGAUCCUCAACACGGGGGCCCCUCAGGGGUGCGUGCUCAGUCCCCUCCUGUACUCCCUGUUCACCCAUGACUGCAUGGUCUGGCAUGACUCCAACACCAUCAUUAAGUUUGCCAACGACACAAAAGCCUGAUCGCCGACAACGAUGAGACAGGGAGGAGGUCAGAGACCUGGCCGUGUGUUGCCAGGAUAACAACCUCUCCCUCAACAUGAUUAAGACAAAGGAGAUGAUUGUGGACCACAGGAAAAGAGGACAGAGCACGCCCCCAUUCUCAUCGACGGGGCUGUAGUGGAGCAGGUUGAGAGCUUCAAGUUCCUUGGUGUCCACAUCACCAACAAACUAUCAUGGUCCAAACACAUAGAGACAGUCGUGAAGAGGGCACGACAAAGCCUAUUCCCCCUCAAGAUUUGGCAUGGGUCCUCAGAUCCUCAAAAAGUUCUACAGCUGCACCAUCGAGAGCAUCCUGACUGGUUGCAUCACUGCCUGGCAUGGCAACUGCUCGGCCUCCGACCGCAAGGCACUACAGAGGGUAGUGCGUACGGCCCAGCACAUCACUGGGGCCAAGCUUCCUGACAUCCAGGACCUCCAUACCAGGCGGUGCCAGAAGAAGGCCCUAAAAAUGGUCAAAUACUCCAGCCACCCUAGUCAUAGACUGUUCUCUCUCUACCGCACGGCAAGCGGUACCAGAGUGCCAAGUCUACAUCCAAAAUUAUUCUUAACAGCUUCUACCCCCAAGCCAUAAGACAUAAGCUAAUCAAAUGGCUACCCGGACUAUUUGCAUUGUCCCUCCCCCCACACCCCUUCUUUUACGCUACUGCUACUCUCUGUUUAUUAUCCAUGCAUAGUCAAUUUAACUAUACCUACAUGUACAUAUUACCUCAAUUACCUCGACUAACCGGUGCCCCUGCACAUUGACUCGGUACCGGUACCCCCUGUAUAUUGUCUCGCCACUGUUAUUUUUACUGUUAUUUUACUGCUUUAAUUUUUUACUUAUCUAUUGUUUACUUAUUUUUCUUAAAACUGCAUUGUUGGUUAAGGGCUUGUAAGUAAGCAUUUCACUGUAAGGUCUACACCUGUUGUAUUCGGUGCAUGUGACAAAUACAAUUUGAUUUGAUUUGUAGUUUUGGCAAAAAGUUGAGCUACUUGCAUAAUUCCUGUUGAGCGUUUAUCUUGUGUCUUCCCAUGAUGCAGUCAGAGCCCUUGGAUGACAGUGGUUGGACCAUAAAGAAUGUGCUGUCCAUGCCAAUUGUCAACAUGAUGGAAGAGAUUGUGGGCGUGGCUACAUUCUACAACAGGAAAGAUGGGAAGCCAUUCGAUCAGCAGGAUGAGGAGCUAAUGGAGGUACUUUACUAUACUACAGCACUCAGCUGUCUUCUCAACUCCUUCUGUCUUCACAGAGAAGUGGUCAAGUCAAGUGACUCUAGAAAGCCGCCUUCUCGUCCUGCUUUGUGUAGACCACAUUGACCUGAGUGAACCUACUCUAAAUUAUAUUAUGACUGUCUGUCUCCCAAUGUUUCAAAUCAAAGUUUAUUGGUCGCGAAAUGCUUGUGUUUCUAGCUCCAACAGUGCAGUAAUACUUAGCAGGGGAAAAAAGACAAUACACACAUAAUCCAGAAAUAUUUUUUUAUUAAGAAUUUAAGAGAUAUUAGAACCAGCAAUGUCAGAGACCGUAAUAUAAAUAUAUAUAUAUACAGUAUAUGAAUAGAAAAGGUGUGUACAGCAGUAGUUAUAUGGGAUGAACCAUGACUAGAAUACAGUAUAUACAUAUAAAGUGGGUGAAACAGUAUGUAAACAUAGUUAAAGUGACCAGUGUUCAGUGUACAUAGGGCAGCAGUCUCAAAGGUGAAGGGUAGAGUACCGGGUGGUAGCCAGCUAGAACAGUGACUAAGGUUCAGGGCAGUGUACUAGGCAGAGGCCGGCUAGUGUUGACUGUUUAACUGUCUGAUGGCCUGGAGAUAGAAGCUGUUUCUCAGUCUCAGCUUUGAUGCACCUGCACUGUCUCCGCCUUCUAGAUGUUAGCGGGGUGAACAGGCCAUGGCUCGGGUGGCUGAGGUCCUUGAUGAUCGUCUUGGCCUUCCUGUGACACCGGGUGCUGUAGAUGUCCUGGAGGGUAGGCAGUGUGACCCUGGUGAUGUGUUGGGCUGACCGCAGCACCCUCUGAAGAGCCCUGCGGUUGCGGGCGGUGCCAUUGCCGUACAAGGCAGUGAUACAGGCCGACAGGAUGCUCUCAGUGAUGCAUCUGUAGAAGUUCAUAAGGGUCUUAGGGGCCAAGCCACAUUUCUUCAGCCUCCUGAGGUUAAAGAGGCGCUGUUGCUCCUUCUUCACCACAUUGUCUGUGUGAAGGGACCCUUUCAGGUUGUCAGUGAUGUGCACGCCGAGGAACUUGAAGCUUUUGAACCUCUGCACUACGGCCCUGUCGAUGUGGAUGGGGGUGUGCUCUCUCUGCUGUCUCCUGUAGCUCCUUCGUUUUGUUGACGUUGAGGGAGUCAUGGGUGAACAGGGAGUACAGAAGGGUGCUGAGCACGCACCCCUGUGGGGCCCCUGUGUGGCCCCCAUGUUGAGGAUCAGGGUGGCGGAGGUGUUGUUGCCUACCUUCACCACUUGUCUUCACCAGGUUUUCACCAUUUUGGUUACUGAAUAAACCUACUCUGAAUUACAUGGUUUCUGUCUGUCUCCCCAGGCUAUGACUAACUUCCUGGGCUGGUCCCACCUCAACACAGACACCAAUGACAGGAUGAAAAUGAUGGAGAACCGGAAAGACAUAGCCCAGGACAUGGUUCUCUACCACGUCAAGUGCCGUGAUGACGAAAUACAGAAAAUCCUGGUGAAGACUUUCUCAAAGAUACUGUACACACCAAAGAUCUAACCCCCUUUAUACGAGAAGUGUUGUUUUAAUGUUUGACACUAAUUGUUGUUUCAUGUAUGUUAGAAAACCAGGCAGUAUUUCAACAGAGAGCCCUGUGACUGUGAAGAGGAUGAGUUCCUGCAGAUUCUGGUAUUACCACGUCAUAUUUGUAGAAUAACAAUUUGGUCAUCAUCUGGUUGUUAUAGAAUUAUCCCUGAUUUGGUCACGAUAGUAUAAGAUUAACUGGAACAGUUGCAUUUGAAACCUCUACAUUAAUAUGGUCGUAUGUUUAGUUUGCUGUUAAUAAUGCCAAAAUAAUCAUGCAUUAUCACACAGAAAAAAGAACUACCCGGCCCCAAGAAGUUUGAGAUCUACGAGUUCGGGUUCUCGGACUUUGACCUCACAGAGCUGGAGCUGGUGAUGUGUGGGAUCCAAAUGUACUAUGAGGUCGGAGUGGUCAAGAAGUUCCAGGUUCCACAGGAGGUAACGUUAAUGUACAAUCAUGAUCUGCCCUGCAACAUCUUUCAAUGCCGGGGAAGUGUCAGUUUGAGCAAAUACUCUGAAUAUACUGUAUAUAUGAAUAUACUGUAUGUAUGCUGUUUGUCGUUAGUUACUUUAUUGCUCUCCCAUAAUAUCUGUAUAUGUUCUAACGCUCCACUUCCAAAUCCCAUGAAAACCAUCAGGCAUCUUUAUUUAUUUUAACAGGUUCUGGUGCGCUUCAUGUUCUCUAUCAGCAAAGGCUACAGGAAAAUCACCUAUCACAACUGGCGCCACGGUUUCAAUGUCGGACAGACUAUGUUCACACUGUUGACGGUAGGAGUGCUUAUGCCUCAGUAGUAAUGCACCCUAACUUAAUUUUGUCUCACAGAAAAUAAAAGGCAUAUUUUCUUACAGAUAUCCUAAUUUGACCAAUUUCUCACAGCAGGAAAAGAAUCCUACAGCAACAGGAAAUGUGAAUUGUUAUGUGGAUUAUAAUUAAUGGAAUUUUUGUUGGGGUUGAUACGUUUUUAUCUGUAUUUGCCCAUUAACUUAAACUGAAAGACAUAAUUGAAAGACAUCUCUAAUUCUGAAAGUCAAACUGCUGUGUUUUGUUGUGUCAGACAGGGAACCUGAAAAGGUACUACACAGAUCUGGAGGUGAUGGCCAUGCUCACAUCUGCUUUCCUCCAUGAUAUCGACCACAGGGGGACAAACAACCUCUACCAGGUGAAGUGAGUACUCCUGGGAAUCUCUGCUCUCUGAGAGUUGGUACAACCAGCCCUUCUUAAAUCCUUAGGUCUCUUAUUUUACUAUCUCUCUCAUCGCAACUGUAAAUGUAGAGAAGCACUUGGAUUAGCUUUGUGUGAUGAAUGGCUUAUGAUGAGCUCCCUGUACAGUGUGUGGUCUGGUCCCUCCUCAUCAACAGAUCUGGUAACCCGCUAGCCAAGCUUCACGGCUCGUCUGUCCUGGAGAGGCAUCAUCUAGAAUUUAGCAAGUUCCUUCUGGCAGACGAGGUAUGUAAGGCUUUUGUAUCUCAACUGCUGCAGUAGCACCUUUGAUGUCAAUUUUUUAUUUUUUUAUUGGUACUCUAUACUUCCAUUUUGAUCAUGUGACGCUUUCAUCUAACUCCUCCUCCCUCCCCCCAGGCCUUGAAUAUCUACCAGAACCUCAACAGAAGACAGAACGAGCAUGCCAUCCACCUCCUGGACAUUGCCAUCAUUUCAACAGACUUGCAACUCUAUUUCAAGUGAGUAAUAAUAUUUUAUUUGUCACAUGCUUCGUAAACAACAGAUGUAGACUAGUGAAAUGCUUACUUACGGAUAUUUUUUCCAACAAUGCAGAGUUAAAAAUAAAAAUUCACUGAACAAAAAUAUGAACGAAACAUGAAACAAUUUCUAAGAUUUUACUGAGUUACAAUUCAUAUUAGGAAAUCAGUCAAUUGAAAUAAAUCCAUUAGGCCCUAAUCUAUAGAUUUCACAUGACUGGGAAUACAGAUAUACAUCUGUUGGUCACAGAUACCUUAAAAAAAAGUAGGGGCGUGGAUCAGAAAACCUGUCAGUAUCUGGUGUGACCACCAUUUGCCUCAUUCAGCGUGACACAUCUCCUUCACAUAGAAAUUAUCAGGCUGUUGAUUGUGGGCUGUGGAAUGUUGUCCCACUCCUCUUCAAUGGCUGUGCGAAGUUGCUGGAUAUUGGUUGGAACUGGAACACACUGUCCACAUCAAUCCAGAGCAUCCCAAACAUGCUCAAUGGGUGACAUGUCUGGUGAGUAUGCAAGCCAUGGAAGAACUGGGACAUUUUCAGCUUCCAGGAAUUGUGUACAGAUCCUUGCGACAUGGGGCUGUGCAUUAUCAUGCACGACAAUGGGCCUCAGGAUCUCGUCACGGUAUCUCGGUACAUUUAAAUUGCCAUCGAUAAAAAGCACAUUUGUUUGUUGUCCGUAGCUUAUGCCUGCCCAUACCAUAACCCCACCACCACCAUGGGGCACUCUGUUCACAACGUUGACAUCAGCAAACCGCUCGCCCACACGACACCAUACACGCUGCCAUCGGCCCGGUACAGUUGAAACCGGGCUUAAUCUGUGAAGAGUAUAUUUCUCCAGCGUGCCAGUGGCCAUCGAAGGUGAGCAUUUGUCCACUGAAGUCGGUUACAACGCCGAACUGCAGUCAGGUCAAGACGCUGCUGAGGACAAUGAGCAUGCAGAUGAGCUUCCCUGAGACGGUUUCUGACAGUUUGUGCAGAAAUUCUUCAAUUGUGCAAACCCACAGUUUCAUCAGCUGUCCGGGUGGCUGGUCUCAGACAAUCCCGCAGGUGAAGAAGCCGGAUGUGGAAGUCCUGGGCAGGCGUGGUUACACAUGGUCUGCGGUUGUGAGGCCAGCUGGACAUACUGCUAAAUUCUUUAAUCAGCUUCUUGAUAUGCCACACCUGUCAGGUGGAUGGAUUAUUUUGACAAAGGAGAAAUGCUCACUAACAGGAAUGUAAACAAAUGUGUGCAAAACAAUUGGGAGAAAUAAGCUUUCUGUGCACAUGGAACAUUUCUGAGAUCUUUUAUUGCAGCUCAUGGAACAUGGGACCAACACUUUCUUCCUUCAGCUGUUCAGUGUAAUAAUAAUAGAAAUAGUGACAGGAGGAAUAAAUGCACAGUGAAUAACGGAUAACAAUAAUGAGUAAAAAUAGCAUCGCUAUACAGUAUACAGGGAGUACCGAGACAAUGUGCAGGGCUACCAGAUAAUUGAGGUACCUACAGUGAGGGAAAAAAGUAUUUGAUCCCCUGCUGAUUUUGUACGUUUGCCCACUGACAAUGACAUGAUCAGAUAAUUUUAAUGGUAGGUUUAUUUGAACGGUGAGAGACAGAAUAACAACAACAAAAAUCCAGAAAAAUGCAUGUCAAAAAUGUUAUAAAUUGAUUUGCAUUUUAAUGAGGGAAAUAAGUAUUUGACCCCCUCUCAAUCAGAAAGAUUUCUGGCUCCCAGCUGUCUUUUAUACAGGUAACGAGCUGAGAUUAGGAGCACACUCUUAAAGGGAGUGCUCCUAAUCUCAGUUUGUUACCUGUAUAAAAUACACCUGUCCACAGAAGCAAUCAAUCAAUCAGAUUCCAAACUCUCCACCAUGGCCAAGACCAAAGAGCUCUCCAAGGAUGUCAGGGACAAGAUUGUAGACCUACACAAGGCUGGAAUGGGCUACAAGACCAUCGCCAAGCAGCUUGGUGAGAAGGUGACAACAGUUGAUGCGAUUAUUCGCAAAUGGAAGAAACACAAAAUAACUGUCAAUCUCCCUCGGCAAGGGGCUCCAUGCAAGAUCUCACCUCGUGGAGUUGCAAUGAUCAUGAGAACGGUGAGGAAUCAGCCCAGAACUACACGGGAGGAUCUUGUCAAUGAUCUCAAGGCCAUAGUCACCAAGAAAACAAUUGGUAACACACUACGCCGUGAAGGACUGAAAUCCUGCAGCGCCCGCAUGGUCCCCCUGCUCAAGAAAGCACAUAUACAGUGGGGGAAAAAAGUAUUUAGUCAGCCACCAAUUGUGCAAGUUCUCCCACUUAAAAAGAGGAGAGAGGCCUGUAAUUUUCAUCAUAGGUACACGUCAACUAUGACAGACAAAAUGAGAAAAAAAAAUCCUGAAAAUCACAUUGUAGGAUUUUUAAUGAAUUUAUUUGCAAAUUAUGGUGGAAAAUAAGUAUUUGGUCAAUAACAAAAGUUUCUCAAUACUUUGUUAUAUACCCUUUGUUGGCAAUGACACAGGUCAAAUGUUUUCUGUAAGUCUUCACAAGGUUUUCAUACACUGUUGCUGGUAUUUUGGCCCAUUCCGCCAUGCAGCUCUCCUCUAGAGCAGUGAUGUUUUGGGGCUGUCGCUGGGCAACACGGACUUUCAACUCCCUCCAAAUAUUUUCUAUGGGGUUGAGAUCUGGAGACUGGCUAGGCCACUCCAGGACCUUGAAAUGCUUCUUACGAAGCCACUCCUUCGUUGCCUGGGCGGUGUGUUUGGGAUCAUUGUCAUGCUGAAAGACCCAGCCACGUUUCAUCUUCAAUGCCCUUGCUGAUGAAAGGAGGUUUUCACUCAAAAUCUCACGAUACAUGGCCCCAUUCAUUAUUUCCUUUACGCGGAUCAGUCGUCCUGGUCCCUUUGCAGAAAAACAGCCCCAAAGCAUGAUGUUUCCACCCCCAUGCUUCACAGUAGGUAUGGUGUUCUUUGGAUGCAACUCAGCAUUCUUUGUCCUCCAAACACGACGAGUUGAGUUUUUACCAAAAAGUUAUAUUUUGGUUUCAUCUGACCAUAUGACAUUCUCCCAAUCCUCUUCUGGAUCAUCCAAAUGCACUCUAGCAAACUUCAGACGGGCCUGGACAUGUACUGGCUUAAGCAGGGGGACACGUCUGGCACUGCAGGAUUUGAGUCCCUGGCGGCGUAGUGUGUUACUGAUGGUAGGCUUUGUUACUUUGGUCCCAGCUCUCUGCAGGUCAUUCACUAGGUCCCCCCGUGUGGUUCUGGGAUUUUUGCUCACCGUUCUUGUGAUCAUUUUGACCCCACGGGGUGAGAUCUUGCGUGGAGCCCCAGAUCGAGGGAGAUUAUCAGUGGUCUUGUAUGUCUUCCAUUUCCUAAUAAUUGCUCCCACAGUUGAUUUCUUCAAACCAAGCUGCUUACCUAUUGCAGAUUCAGUCUUCCCAGCCUGGUGCAGGUCUACAAUUUUGUUUCUGGUGUCCUUUGACAGCUCUUUGGUCUUGGCCAUAGUGGAGUUUGGAGUGUGACUGUUUGAGGUUGUGGACAGGUGUCUUUUAUACUGAUAACAAGUUCAAACAGGUGCCAUUAAUACAGGUAACGAGUGGAGGACAGAGGAGCCUCUUAAAGAAGAAGUUACAGGUCUGUGAGAGCCAGAAAUCUUGCUUGUUUGUAGAUGACCAAAUACUUAUUUUCCACCAUAAUUUGCAAAUAAAUUCAUUGAAAAUCCUACAAUGUGAUUUUUUGGAUUUUUUUUCCUCAUUUUGUCUGUCAUAGUUGACGUGUACCUAUGAUGAAAAUUACAGGCCUCUCUCAUCUUUUUAAGUGGGAGAACUUGCACAAUUGGUGGCUGACUAAAUACUUUUUUUCCCCACUGCACAUGCCCGUCUGAGGUUUGCCAAUGAACAUCUGAAUGAUUCAGAGGAGAACUGGGUCAAAGUGUUGUGGUCAGAUGAGACUAAAAUGGAGCUCUUUGGCAUCAACUCAACUCGCCGUGUUUGUAGGAGGAGGAAUGCUGCCUAUGACCCCAAAAACACCAUCCCCACCGUCAAACAUGGAGGUGGAAACAUUAUGCUUUGGGGAUGUUUUUCUGCUAAGGGGACAGGACAACUUCACCACAUCAAAGGGACGAUGGAUGGGGCCAUGUACCGUUAAAUUUUGGGUGAGAACCUCCUUCCCUCAGGCAGGGCAUUGAAAAUGGGUCGUGGAUGGGUAUUCCAGCAUGACAAUGACCCAAAAUACACGGCCAAAGCAACAAAGGAGUGGCUCAAGAAGAAGCACAUUAAGGUCCUGGAGUGGCCUAGCCAGUCUCCAGACCUUAAUCCCAUAGAAAAUCUGUGGAGGGAGCUGAAGGUUUGAGUUGCCAAACGUCAGCCUCGAAACCUUAAUGCAAAGAUCUGCAAAGAAGAGUGGGACAAAAUCCCUCCUGAGAUGUGUGCAAACCUGGUGGCCAACUACAAGAAACAUCUGGCCUCUGUGAUUGCCAACAAGGGUUUUGCCACCAAGUACUAAGUCAUGUUUUGCAGAGGGGUCAAAUACUUAUUUCCCUCAUUAAAAUGCAAAUCAAUUUAUAACAUUUUUGACAUGCAUUUUUCUGGAUUUUUUUGUUGUUAUUCUGUCUCUCACUGUUCAAAUAAACCUACCAUUAAAAUUAUAGACUGAUCAUGUCUUUGUCAGUGGGCAAAUGUCCAACAUCAGCAGGGUAUCAAAUACUUUUUUCCCUCACUGUAUGUACAUAUAGUUCUCCCGAGUGGCGCGGUGGUCUAAGGCACUGCAUCGCAGUGCUAGCUGUGCCACUAGGCUCUUUCGUAGCCGACCGGGAGACCCAUGGGGCGGCACACAAUUGGCCCAGGGUAGGGGAGGGAAUGGCCGGCAGGGAUGUAGCUCAGUUGGAGCAUGGCGUUUGCAACGCCAGGGUUGUGGGUUCGAUUCCCACGGGGGGCCAGUAUGAAAAAAUAAAAAAUGUAUGCACUCACUAACUGUAAGUCGCUCUAGAUAAGAGCGUCUGCUAAAUGACUAAAAUGUAUAUAGGUAGGGGUAAAGUGACUAGGCAACAGGUUUGGUAGAAGCAGUGUGUGUGUGGACAUAAAUGUGUAUACUGUAUGUGUGUGUUGAGGUGUGGGUAGUGUCCAGUGUGUUUGGUUGAGAGUCCAUGCAGGAGUGUUAACGCAAACAAGUGUAUGUAAUUAACUGCAAUACAUUUUGUAUGCCCUAUACAAAUCUUAGGAAGAAUGUAUUGUUGUUAAUGUGGACUCUUUCUCUGCAUAUUGAAUCACUGUUAAUCCAAAUGUUUGUUUUUCACAGAUUAACUGCAACGACCAUGCCUACUUAGCCCUGUAAAGUUGGGAAAAACAAGAUUUGACAAUGCACAGCUUCUAACUUUAACAUAAUGUAUACAUCUCUGUUUGGACUUUUUCCAAUGUCACCAGGAAGCGAACAAUGUUCCAGAAGAUUGUUGACCUAUCAAAGACCUACGAAGAUGAGAAGAAGUGGGUGGACUGGAUGUCCCUGGAGACGACCAGGAAAGAGAUUGUCUUGUGAGUUCAUGGUAGGGGGAGGAUUGUAGUGAUAGGGGGGAUAUGUAGGAUUAUAACAUGCACAUUGGAUCUUAUCUUAGCAUUUCUACUUUGCUCUGAACCUUUAAUAAUUCCCCUCAAAGGGCCAUGAUGAUGACAGCAUGCGACUUGUCAGCCAUCACUAAACCAUGGGAGGUGCAAAGCAAGGUCAGGAGAUCUUCUGAUUAUAGUCUAAUUAUAUACUUUGAAGACAUUUUAGCAGAAGCUUUUGUGUUUCUGUAAAUCAAUAAAGCUGUCCAACAUAGUGAAAUACAUGGGACUGUCUGGCUUCUUCCAGGUGGCGCUGUCUGAAGCAGCUGAGUUCUGGGAGCAGGGUGACUUGGAAAGGGAAGUUCUUGAAAAACAACCAAUUGUGGGUAUAUCAGUGUGUGUGUGUGUGUGUGUGUGUGUGUGUGUGUUGUGUGUUGUGUGUUGUGUGUGCGUGUGUAACCAUGUUUUUCUCCCUCCUUUCCUCCAGACCAUGAUGGACAGAAACUGCGCUGGCCAACUGCCCAAGCUGCAGUGUGGUUUCAUUGACUUUGUCUGCACAUUCGUCUACAAGGUACAGUAUGUACUACCACUCUUUCAGACUAGCUACAUCUCUCAGCAUCACAGCUAUUGCUAAGCACAAAGUAAACCAUGAAUCAUACCUUCUAUUGGAUGUACACUACCGGUCAAAAGUUUUAGAACACCUACUCAUUCAAGGGUUUUUCUUUAUUUUUUACUAUUUUCUACAUUGUACAAUAAUAGUGAAGACAUCAAAACUAUGAAAUAACACAUGGAAUCAUGUAGUAACCAGAAAAGUGUUAAACAAAUCAAAAUAUUCAAUUAUUUUUGAGAUUCUUAAAAUAGGCACCCUUUGCCUUGAUGACAGCUUUGCACACUCUUGGCAUUCUCUCAACCAGACAUGAAGGUCAGUCAAUACGGAAAAUGUCAAGAACUUUGAAAGUUUCUUCAAGUGCAGUCGCAAAAACCAUCAAGCGCUAUGAUGAAACUGGCUCUCGAGGACCGCCACAGGACUGGAAGACCCAGAGUUACCUCUGCUGCAUAUGUGGGAACUCCUUCAAGACUGUUGGAAAAGCAUUCCAGGUGAAGCUGGUUGAGAGAAUGCCAAGAGUGUGCAACGCUGUCAUCAAGGCAAAGGGUGGCUAUUUGAAGAUUCUCAAAUAUAAAAUAUAUUUUGAUUUGUUUGACACUUUUUUGGUUACUAUAUGAUUCCAUGUGUCAUUUCAUAGUUUUGAUGUCCUCACUAUUAUUCUGCAAUGUAGAAAAUAGUCAAAAUAAAGAAAAACCCUGGAAUGAGUAGGUGUUCUAAAACUUUUGACUGGUAGUGUAUAUAUUGACCAAAUGCACAAUUGUCAUUCAGACUAGCAUUAUUUGGUUAGAUAGCUUGACUGUCAGAAAUAGAGUUCGCAAGUUUUUGUUUCGUUAAUUUUUCUGUCAGGAAUUCUCCCGCUUCCAUCCGGCCAUCCAGCCAAUGUAUGAUGGCCUCCUGAACAACAGGAAGGAGUGGAAGGCCAAGCAGGAAGAGUACGAGGCCAAGCAGGCCAUCCUGGAAGCCCAGUCAGGUCAGAGUGGAGGCUAUAUUGUAUUAUUGCUCUGUAGUUUAGAGGGCAGUUUGUCUGCAUUAAAAGUAACACAGAUGAUCCUUACCAUGUACUUUAUUUAAUAUUCUUGUAAUGUAAAGGGUCCAAGACGUGCUCAGUGUGCUAGAGCACAGGGCCUGUUUUGGAGGUAGAUCACUCCAGGAUACAUCACAGCCACACAGUCUUGCGCCGGCCGGGGCAGGACCAGCCUCACCUCAAAGCAGCUGUGGAAGGACAGCCUGCACUCACAGCACCAGAUCCUUGGAGAAGAGCCAGAGGGACUACUUAGCAGUCACGCAGCAAAGCCGUUGGACCUGCUGGUUACAGACCCAUGUUGGCACAUUAUGGCCACAACAGUCCAUUUUCUUCCUUCAGCUGAAGGGUAG